CUAGCCGAACUAGCCCCGAACAACCAAACAUCCUUUUUGCCUCCAAAAAUGCAGUGCUAUAGAGAGUACUCAUCAACUGAGUACUACAACUCCUCGACGGGCUCGAACGGCGGUUAUGACAUGGCAAGUGACUGGGCUACCGGCGGUGGUCAGUAUGGACAGAACAUGAUGAUGCCCGGCCGCAAGAAGCAGGCCCAGCAGUACCACUGCAACCAGUCUCAAGCCCAUUCCAGUUAUGGCAUGGCCGACGACUACGCUAUGAACAAGGUCGGCCAUUACGGAGAGUACGGUCAGGGCUACAACAGCGGGGGCAACGUAGUUCCCUACGCUGCAGGGCACGACCACAUGAGUAAUGCACAGUACAACCAAAAGUACAUGUCCAAAGCCAAUGCUCGCUAUGGCGGCGGAUACGGCAGCGGCCAAGGUGUCAUGACAGGAAAUGGAGGCGGCUUCGGCGGCGGCGGCGGCGGCGCCCACUACCUUGCAAAACAGCAGCAUCAGUACGCGUCUGGCGAGAUGGGGUACCUUAAUGGAAUGAACCAGAAGAAGAUGCAUCGCCAGAGGAAAUCAGAGAAGAACAUGUUUCACCAAAUGAAGACUAUGAGCGUGUCUAGCUCAAGCAGCACUUCUUCCAGGGGCAACUACAGCACCAGGAGCAUUAAUCACAGUGAUGACGAGUACUAUAGCCGCAGUGACGGCAACGACUCCGGAACUGACGGUGAGUGCUACGACAGCGACAGCGACAACGACAGGAGAAGAAGCCGCAGGCCAAUUUACUAGAAGGCAUGGGAGAUCUAUUCACGUCGUGAGAGAUACCAAGAAGCAUCUCUCAGUACAAUAUAUAUAUUAAAUAAAAAUCUAGUGUGAAAGAAAUAAAAGCCAAACUUGGAUACAGCAAGUAUGGUAUAAUAUUGUCUGUGUUUGCCGUUUGGUGGUCUUUAUUUAUGGCCGGGCAGUCUAUGUGUAGUGCUUUCCCCCCCCCUAUUGCAUGAACUAUUGUGUGUUUAAUUAGUACAAGCUAGUCGGCUACAAAGCUGUACGAUGCCUUGUAUUUGCCCUAUCUUAUUUGCAAUAAGAGAAAGUAUAUAAGGCAUGUUUCGUUGAAGAAAGAAAAGGAACUGAUGAAUGGAAUGAA